AUGGAUGGGUCGCACCCGUUCCACAAUGCAACGCCAUGCGUCGAGUCGGCCCAGCAAUACAGGCGCUGGGCGAAUGUGAGAGCCCCAAAAGCACAAGGAUUACCAGCCCUGCCGGCUCGUCGUGAGGGAGGCGCCGUCCUUUUGCGGCGCCCACGUUUUGGCGCCCACGUGUUUCACUCCGAUCUGACGGGCAUCACCUGGUUCCUCUUCUCGUUAUGCGCCGUCGCCCUCGCCGCGCGCAUCUACAUCCGAUGGACGUGCUUUCGACACCUCCUCGCCGAGGACUGGCUCAUGAUAGCCACCCUGUUCCUGAUCACCAGCAUCGAAAGUGUCGCGACUCGAUUCUCCUAUGAGAUUUACCACUUGAUGGCCUGGGUCAAUGACAACUCUAUCGUCCCUUUCGGAAGCUUGCUGGCGUUCCUCGCGGACACCGAGUCGAUGCUGAAAGCGUGCGGGUCCUCUAUCAUUCUGUUCAUCGUGGGCUUCUACUCCAUCAAGGUCAACUUCCUCCUGUUCUUCUAUCGCUUGGGAAAUCGGGUUGGUCGUGCGUUCUGGAUCGCGUGGUGGAUUGUCCUCUUUAUUGUGUUGGCAUGCGGCAUAGCGAGCGUUACUAUGGGUGUUCCGACGUUUAAAUGCCUGUUCGGCAGUAUUGAGUAUACCCUCACGACAUGUCAAACCCACGGAUACGAGAACACGUUCUUCACAUACUUCAGAGUAUCGGUUGCGCUGGAUAUUUUCACAGACGCAUUGAUCAUCGCAUUCCCAGUGUGGAUUCUUUGGGGCGUUCGAAUCAGCUUGCGUAAGAAGAUUGCCCUCGGUGCCAUCUUCUCCCUGGUCGGGUUCACUAUCGUUGCAACGGUGCUACGCGGUGCUUUGUUAAGUGAAGUGUUCACCGCAACCACCGCAGGGAAGACAUUCAACAUACCUUGGGUGUGGUUCUGGUUUCAUAUCGAAUUUUGCACGGCUUUCAUCGUCGCAUGUCUCGUCUCCUUCCGCUCGCUUUUCGUUCACCGCGAACAAAGUUCCGGAGCGGCCCGGCGCGCCGCGGCAGUACAACGCCGGCCCAGCAACUACAAUCCUUACCCAGGUAGUAGCGGGAGAACACCACAAGGGAGCGGCAACGCCAGUAGGGGAAACCUGGGCCGAGUCCGUGGGCGUAUGAAGCUAUUCCAGGACAGCGUGCUAGAUACAUGCCGCACGCUCGAGGGCGUGCUCGACGACGGCACCACGCUAGUAGAACUCUCGCAGCGCUCACAAUUAGGACCUGUGACGGAAGACGAGCCGAGGGACAUCGAAGCACAACACCGCGAACCCAGUCCUGAUGAAUUCCAGGUCGAGAGAGAUGAAGAAGUCGAGACCACACCUGUUGCUUCUCCCGCUCCCGCUCCCCCUGUGUCUCCCACUCAGGAUGUACCGCGGAGAUGGAACACGGUUUCGACUGGGCGGCUGUCACUUGAUUCGCUAUAUCUACAGGAAACUCGGUCUGUGUCACCAUUGUCGACGGACUCACCGCAAGAACAGCGAAGGAGCAUCAUGGGGUCAACACCGUCCCCGUUGAUGCUCAAUCCAACGUAUCAAGGCUGGAGGCGUGACUCGCUGGACGAGGUGGACCAAGGCCGGAAUACCCGUCGUGAUGUUUAA